AUGAAUCUUUUAAUUUGUGUCCUACUGUUCUUCGCUUGCACAACUAGCUGUUUAAAUACAAACCAAACUGAUGGGUCUUCUACUAAAGGACGUAAGAACCUUGAAUCAAUGGAGACCAAACUGGAGUAUUUUAGAAGACGUGUACUCAUCAUCAUAAUUGGUACUAUGAUCAUGGUUUUUGGCUUCGGCUGUUUUUGCUUCAUCUAUUACAACUGCUCGAGCGAUGAAGCAGCAAUGGUCCCAAAGGAAGGUGUAGCGGCCAAGACUUCCAGGUCAUCCAAAAUACCACUCAAUGGAUCAAAGACAGCCAGCCCGUGCGUUUCAGAAAAACAAUCCGUGAUAUUAGAUAUAGAAAAGUUAUCUAGACCCUCCAGUCCAGAAAAGUCAUUCAUACCAUCCUGUCCAGAAAAUGUAAUCAGGCCCCCGAGUCCAGAAAUGUCAUCCGUACCACUUAACACAGAAAAGUUAAUCAGGCCAUCAAGUCAAGAAAAAUCAUCGAAGCCAUCGAGCCCCAAAACUGUAUUCAGUUCACCCCACGUAGAAAAGACACGGAGAACAUGCAGUCUAGAUAAGUUACACGAGCUAGCUGGUUCCCGUAAGCUGGUCAGUCAGGGCAGUUGGUCCUAUCCAAAUAUCGCAGUCAGGAAACCUUGCCCAGCCAGUCUACAAUGUCCAGUGCGACAAACCAAGCCACCUGGUCCACCGUGCCCACAAAAUCAAAUCUUGCUACUCAAGCCCACUGGUUUACCGAAAUUUACUGCAUCCUCCGAACAGCCUAAUGCAAAAAGCUCAGUCGGCACGGGUAUGGCCGACACGUUACCUAGACCUCCAUUAAUCAAGCCUUGUCAGUACCCCCAGGAACAAUUCCUUGUUCCCAUGAAUACUUCUGAAUCUUUGGCCAAUGAUAUUUCUGAGCCCAAGAAGACAGAUGCUCAAAACCUCCCUUUUCCACAUGAAGUGAAGCCUUUUUCCGAGUCCUUUCAGGACGUAGAUUCCAGAGACGAGGCACUGUAUGGCAACCUGACUGACAGUGAUGAGAUGACAUCUGACAGUGAUGAUGACAGUGAUGAGGAGAUAACCAUUAUUUGCAACGUGUAUCUCAAUGAACUCAUCCCUAAAAGGGCCCCAAAUAAUUAA